AUGUCACCGUUGUUUCUUUUCACGUCCUCUCUGCAAUAUACGCAAAUUUCGCCUAUCACCCCCGACAAACUCUCAUUUUCUCAUUUCAUUUCUUCUUCUUCUUCUUCUUCUUCUUCACAAUUAGGGUUUCACCAUCAAAAACCCCUACAAAACACCUUAGAUACAGAGAGAAAGAAGCUAAGACCGUGAAUGGAGUCCUCUGAUUUCUUCGUCUGAAAACACUAUGGUUUCCCAAGAAGCCGAUACGUAUGGAGAUAUGGACGAAGAAUUGGAGGACUUCGUUGGAGACUAUUUCCAGGACGUCUCAGAAGUUGAUUUUGAUUACGAGUUCGAUGCUGCUCGCUUCUUCGAUUUUACUCGCCUGGAAUCCUAUUCCGAGGCUCAAGAUGCCGAACGCUGGUUCCAAUCUGCCGGAACUUACCCGCCUUCCCCGUUUGUAAUAAAGUUGAAAUUGAGAGAAAACACCGCAGCAAAAAAUGAAAAUGCCUCUCGUAAGUCAAAUGAUGGUGAAAGCAUGACUUCUAGUAGCAACAACUUGGAUCAUGACAUGGAUCCUGAAGUUUUUGAAUUAGAUGACAAUGAAAAAGGACCAAAAUCUCGUAAUGGUAUGGCUGAGGAUAUUCCAAAAGCCAAAAUUAAGUCUGUGGCCAAAUCAUCCAAAAUAAGGAGUUCAACUCUAAUGCAACCUACAGCAAGUCAUUUGGCAAAGCUAAGCCGAGGAAGAGAAGUUCAUUCCAUCCGAUUCUUGGAAAGGUCACAAAAGCCAUUAACUAAAUUAGAUGAGAGAAGUUUGAAGAAUCCUCUUGGGGUAGACAGAGAUGCUACCAAAAGGCAAAAACUAGAGAAUGGUUAUUUGUGUAAGGUUGCUCAUCUGAAGCACCAAAGUCUGUUGUUACACAAGUUGCCUAAGGUUCGACAAGUUGAUCCUAACACAGUAAAUUCCAGAUUAAAAGUUACUGUUCCAAGAGAGCCUGAUCUGGAAACAGCACAUAGAGCACAAAAACAUAGGUCAAGGAAUAAUUCAGAAUCAGGUGAACAUGCAAAAUCAAAGGGCCCAACCUUUAAAGCACGGCCAUUGAACAGAAAAAUUCUCAAGGCUCCUUCAUUGCUUCCUCAAAUAAAGAGCAGACCACAAUCUCCAGUGUUCCAAGAGUUCCACUUGAAGACAUCAAAGAGGGCUAUGCAACACUCAUCUGCUAAUAAUAAUUCUGAAUCCAUACCCAAAAAUGAGGCCACACGCACUGAAAGACCUCCGUUUCUCAGGCUAAACUGUGAAGAGGCAUCCAAGAAGGAAAAGUGUAAAACACUAAAUAGAGUCAAAUAUCACCCUCAUAAUAAAAAGAUUAUUUCCAGUAAAAAAGAUGUUUGCACUUUCCAGAAUGUCAAAGAGGAAGCCAAGGAACUCAAGCUUCUAAAUGAUGAUGGAUUGUCGUAUAAUCCACCAAUAGAAUUAUUUAAUAAGCUGUCCCUGAAAUCUGAACUUGAGCAUAAUGCAAUAUCUCCAUCCAAACCGCCUCUGCACACUGAGGGAUCUAAAGAGAAUAUUCCGGGCUCCUUAAAACAAGUAGUCCAGAUGUAUGGGAGGAAGCUGAGCCAAUGUGGGAGCAAGUGGAUGGUCCCCGAAAUUGGACCCCGGCCGAACAUCUACAGGAGGAGGAGCAUGAACAUCCGCUGAGAGCAAGAGGAGUUUCUCCAAUGGCUGGUAUACAAUAAAUUAAAAGUGUUUCUCCUGUGUCUGUGAAGGUGUGUCUGUACUUGAUGCAUUUCAGAGGCUCGAAAGGGUAUAGGUUUUGCAUUUUGAGAUACACACGGAAGCCAGUUCCCGCAAACAGAUUGGGCCUGUGUUUGGGAUCAAGACUUCCAUGCAUAAUUACAAUAAUUUAUUCUGCAAAAUGAUAACAUUGUACAACAUCGAAAGUAUCAAAAUGUAGCAGAAUGAAAGUUUUUUUUGUCCGCCCCAUGCUCUUUUUCAUUCUAAGUAGUCGCAUGUAGCAGAAAAAUGAAAUGUAAUCAUUAUAAUUGAGGUAUUUAUAGAGGGUUUUUUUUUUUUUUUAAUUUUGUUUUUAGGAGAGGUAUUUUGUUUUGUAAUUCUCAUGUUUUUUCUAGCCUUCGCAAAAUACAUUUAUAUUGCAAGGGGUUCUUCAAUAAUAUCCAGGGAAAAUAGAAAGUGAGCAUAAGGCGAUAACGAUUGUAAAUGCAAUUGG